GUUUUAUAGGCUACGCUCCAGUCAUCAACGACAUUGUCCAGCAGUGGAAGUUCAAGGACGAUGAUGAUGACCAGCUUUUCUACACUAAGAUUUAUCUCAGUCCCAAACUGAGGGAAAAGUACAAGAUGGCUCUGGAUCACCAAUCAACAAUCUUUCAAAACCUCAAUGGUGCUUUAGACGAAGUUGUCAUCAAGUUUGAGAAGGGAAAAGCCAGAAUCCGCAACAUAGCCCAGGACACGCUGCCAGUCAUCAUCCAUGGCAAUGGGCCAACCAAGCUGCAGCUGAACUAUUUGGGGAAUUACAUUCCGAAUGCCUGGAACCACGAGACUGGAUGUGGAAUAUGUGAUGAGGACUUGUUAGACCUGACACAGCUACAG